AUGGCCAAAAAGGGGAAAUCCUCAAAGUCAACACCAGAGCCAACUCAAACUCUGGCUUCGACAAAUACAAAGUCGAAAAAAAAGAAAGACGUGACACCAACACCAUCAACUACUGCAACACAAGCAACAACACCAAAACCACAAAGAGGAUUGGCAAUUGGGGACAAUUUUGGAUGGACCGGUAAACUUCCUGUUACUUUGCUUAAUGAGCAUUGCCAGAAACAAAAAUGGGGCAAAUGCCAAUACGACAUGAGCAAGAAAGCAAAAGGGUUUGUUGGUAUAGUUACCUUAACUUGGGAAAAUCCUAAAACUAAAGAGUUGAUACCGAUCAAGUUCUACCCUAACUAUAGUCCAAAAGAGACCACCAAUGAAGCGAGACACAUGGUUGCCACUUUUGUGUUGCAUAGAAUAAAUUAUAUAAAAAAUAUGAAAAUGUUGUUACCGAUUAUUUUCCGUGAUUAUUGGAAUGAAUUAGAAGAUGAGAGGUUAAAAUUGUUAAAAGAAAACAAAGAAUUGCACGACAAAAGAUAUAAUACAAAUCCAUUUACAGUUUAUUUACAACAAAGAGAGAAUGAGGAAAAGAAAGCAAAGGAAAGACAAAUCAAGGAACAGAAUGAGUUAAAGACAAAGAAACCCACUAUUAGUCUUGGUACAAAAUCUUCUACAAACAGUGCUACAUCUGCUACUACUAAACCAUUAAAGAUAGAAUCAGAUACGAGAAAAUUUCCAAAGAAGGUGUGGGAGCAAGCUCCAUUUAUAGAUAUCCCAUCUGAUAUAAGAACAUCCAUUGAACAUUCAAUACGAAAUCAUAUUGAUUGGGUUAAUACCGAUCAAGAUUUGUUAAUCAACAACCCGUCAAUGGCAAAAACUGCAAGCGAAAAGUUGUCAGCACUUGGUUUCAGAGAAUCCCACAUUAAGGAAUCUUUUAAUUACAGCUCAAGGUUUUCCGAAUCUUUAGAAUGGUUGUUGUUUCACAUACCAGAAGAUGAUCUACCUCAAUCUUUUGUGAAGACAGACAAAGACUCUAAAGUGCAAUUGAAAAUUUCACAAAAUUUGGAAAUGGAGUAUUUAAUGAAAAGAAUGGCAAAUUCUGGAUUUGAUCAGGAUGAGAUUCUUGAAGUCUACAAUGCAAAUAAUAACGAUGAACACAAAACGUGCGUUGAACUAACCAAGAUGCUACUACCACAACCACUCGAGUCUCUUGCUGAACCUGAAAGUCAAGAAAUCUGGAAUGAAGAAAUCGAGGGACUUGAAAUGACUGGAAUACCAGUGAAACAUGAAAAGAAUGUAGCCACAAUCAAAUUGGAACACAAUUUCUUAAAUGUCAAAAUAUUCAAGAGCGAAAACUACCCUAACGAAAUUCCUGGUAUUCACAUAGUUGUGUCAAAGAAUGAAUACACAUUGGCAAAUUAUAUCAAAUUGGCCAUUGUUAGAGAGCUAUUGAAAUAUUUAACAGAUCAUAUUGGUCAAUGUAUGAUUUAUACCAUCUUUGAAUGGCUCAACGACCAUGUGAAUAAAAUUAUUGAAAAUCCAGGUCCAUUGAUGACCACAGAAAAAGUUACUAAAAAAGUUGUUGUUAGUCAAAAAGGAAACAAAAAAGAUCACAAUAAAAGUGUAACAUUUAUUAGUGAUAAAGACAUUGAAUUAGUAAAAGAGUCAUAUAAAAAGAGAAAACAUUCUGACGAAUUUAAAGAAAUGUUAAUUCAAAGAAGUAAAUUACCAGCAUUUGCCAAGCAAGAAAGCUUGAUGACAGCUAUCAACUCUGGUCAAGUAACCUUAAUUACAGGAGAAACUGGGUCAGGUAAAUCUACACAAGUUGUCCAAUUCAUUAUGGAUGACUUGUACUCCAAAGGUGAUUUCACAACCAAAAUUAUUUGUACCCAGCCACGUCGUCUUUCUGCUGUGAGUUUGGCAGACAGAAUUUCCAAAGAAAGAGUUGAUGAAGUAGGAAGCGAAACUGGAUACAUUAUUAGAGGAGAAAACAAAACCAGCAGCAACACGAGAAUCACAUUUGCAACAACUGGGGUAUUAUUAAGAAUGCUUCAAUCUUCUAAAAAAAAUGGGGUCUUAAAAAACAUUGGUUAUAUAUUGAUCGAUGAGGUGCACGAAAGAUCUGUGGACGCUGAUUUUUUGUUAAUAUUAUUGAAAAAGAUGAUAAAGAGUAUGCCAAAACUAAAGAUUAUUUUGUUGUCAGCUACAAUUAGUGUUGAUACAUUUAUCAAUUUUUUCGAAAAACCAUUGACACCGUUACACAUUGAAGGACGAACAUAUCCUAUACAAGAUUUUUAUUUAGAUUCGAUUUUAGCUGAGUCAGAAUACAAAUUUCAAAAUUCAGAUGGUGAAUUCAUCACUCCCCUGGCAGAUUCCCAUUUUUACAAAUCAGGGAAUUUGAAUUACGAACUAAUUGCACAUGUAACUCGUUUCAUCGAUAAACGACUCACACAGGAAGCAAAGCAAGAUGGUUCAAUUUUAAUAUUUUUACCCGGGGUUCUUGAAAUCUCUAGUACCAUUAAAGAAAUUAACAAGCUGAGUGACAACAAGUUUAUGGCACUACCACUUCAUUCAGGUUUGACAUCAGCUGAACAGAAAUCUAUAUUUAAGACAGCACCAAAGGGUAAAAGAAAAGUCGUAGUGUCCACAAAUAUUGCCGAAACUUCAAUCACUAUUCCAGAUUGUGUUGCAGUCAUCGAUACUGGUAAAUCGAAAAACCUUUUCUUUGACCAUAAAUUAAACACUACGAAAUUAAUAGAAAGUUGGUGUUCACAAGCUGAAGUUCGUCAAAGAAGAGGUAGAGCUGGGAGAGUUACUGCUGGUACUUGUUACCAUUUGUACACUAAGGAAACAUUUGAAGCAAUGCAAAAGCAACCAAUUCCUGAGAUAAAGAGAACUAGACUUGAAAAUCUUUAUUUGGUAGUAAAAUCAAUGGGUAUUUCUAACGUCAAUGAGUUUUUAUCGAGUGGACUUGAUGCUCCCGAUAAGUCAUCUCUUGAUAAGGCAAAUCAAUUUUUACAUGAAAUCGGAGCUUUACAAGAAAAUAGCCUUACAAAGUUGGGAAAUUAUAUAUCAUACUUGCCUACAGAUCCACAAAGUGCCAAAUUAUUGAUUUUGGGGUGUAUAUUUGGGUGCUUAGAUAUAUGUUUGACUCUAGCAGCUAUAAGUUCUACCGGGAGCCCCUUUAUCAACAGUUAUGAACAAAGAGACAAGUUGAAACAGAUUCAGAAGAAAUUUGGAAAUGGUCAAGGUGACUUUAUUAGUAUGGCAAAUGCAUACAAUGCGUAUAUGAGCAAUAAGUCAAAAAGGUUUUUGACAGAGAAUUAUUUAUCUUACACAACUAUUAAAGACAUCACGUCGACGAGAUCACAAUAUUUGUCUUUGUUAGUAGAACUUGGGUUUGUUAACAGAAAAUUAGACGAUUCUUGUAAUAAGAAUGCCGAGAACUGGCCUUUAAUUCGAGGCAUAAUUGCCGGAGCAUUUUAUCCACAAGUGGCCAGAAUUCAAUACCCUGAUCCAAAAUACUUCAAGUCCAGUUCUGGGUCAAUUGAGAUUGAUCCUGAUGCUCGUCAAAUCAAAUUUUGGAUUAAAAGUGAUGGGGAGUUGCCAGCUGCACGAGUAUUUAUUCACCCCCUGUCAGUUCUUUUCAAUGAUAAUAAUUCGGAUUUCAUUUUGGACGAGAAUUAUAAGGACUUUCUUUCCAAAGUCUCGACUGAUGAUGGUUCCAUAGACUAUGAGAAAGCAAGAGAACAGUACAUGCAAUUAGCUGCUCAAACACCCAAGUCAAAUGUCCCCAUGCUACUCAAAGAUGCGUUUGUUGCAUACCGGUCGUCACAUCACACCACAAAGCUCUAUGUGAGGGAUUUAACACCUACUAGUACUUUUGCCACCUUACUCUUUGGCGGUGACUUUAGUUACGAUUUGAACAUCACCCUCGGUCAAACUUCGCCUGGUAUCGUCAUUGAUAAUUGGUUACCAAUUAGAACCUGGUGUAAGAAUGGGGUUCUAAUCAAACAUUUGAGAAGACUCAUAGAUUCAGUAAUCGACGAGAAAUUAUCUAACCCUGAAUCACCCUUAGAUGAGGAUAUAUUCAAGGUCAUAGAACGAAUUAUAAAUUUAUAG